GUGUGUGUGUGUGUGUGUGUGUGUGUGUGUCAGAGAUCUCGUCACUGGGCUGAGCUCAGAGCCUCUUCAGCAGUCAGUUAUCAGAGAAACGCACAGAUUCGGGAAGUGAAUCAACACUAAACACACUCAGGUGAGCGUCUGUCGGAGGAGCGGAAAAGGAGCGUCUGUGACGUUUUAUCUUCGAGCUGAAAGAAUGAACGAGCGAGUUUGGGUGAAAUGGACGGUCAUUCCGUGCGCUCUCGUUCUUCUCCACACGUGUCUCGGGCAGAAAGACUGCACCGGCGUGGACUGUCCACUUCUAGACGACUGCAUCGAGGAGGUGCUGGAGAGCGGCGCGUGCUGUGCCACGUGUUUACGGCGAGGCUGCACGUGUGAAGGGUAUCAGUAUUACGACUGCAUCAGCGCCGGGUUUAAAAACGGGAAGGUUCCUGAGAGAGAGUCGUACCUGGUGGACUCGGGCAGUACGGAGUGCUGGUGUCCGGCGGGCGGAGGUAGGAUAAGUUGCCGCUUCAUCCCGUGCCCUGACGUUCCUCCUCACUGCAUCGAGCUGUCCGACUCCACCGAGGCGUGUCCUCACUGCCUGCGCAUCGGCUGCGUCUACGAAAACCAGACAUACGAAGCGGGUCACUCGUUCCACAUGGAUCUGUGUCAGGUGUGUCACUGUCCCAACAACGGUGGUGACCUGAUGUGCUCAGUGAUUCCUGAUUGCUCCUUGGAAAAGGUCAAGAAGCCUGAGGUAAAGGAGAAUGAGCUACAUAUCUCCAAACAUGAAAAUCCUGGAGAUCUCCCCAGUGAAGAUAAUACAUUUCUGAGUAACUCAGUACCGAUUUACACGGGGAACACGUCAGAGUUUGAAGAGAGUGAAGACUACGACUAUUUCCAUGAAGUCACUGCAAGUCCUGAUGUUUCCAUUCCAUCUUCUGCAGCUCCUCAAGCUCAAAUUCCACAUGAUGUUCUACAUGAAGACACCAGGGAGGAGCUUAGAGAGACACUGGGCACGUAUGACGCGGAAUCUAGAGAAGAAGGAACCGAGGACUCACUAAAUGUUACUACAGUUAAGCCAGACUCUUAUGAAUCUUCUGAAAAGUUCUCAUCUCAGACGGAAACCGUUGUUAGGUACACUCAGGUUCCUCCAAGAGAAACCACACCCAAUACCAUAGAUGACGUCAGGAGAACUGAGAAAAGCCCUGAGGAUCACAGGAACCUUCAGCACACGAUCCCAGAACACAACACUGUCCCUAAACUGCAGUUCAUCUCCACCACCUCACCACCAGUGAGCACGAGGGAACCUGAAGCUCACAGCCAGCCUGAAACGCAGGGCAGAUACCACCAGGAGAGAAACGACCUCCAUCUAACAUCUGAAAACCAGAGAGUCACUUCCAGGGAGGUUAGUGUGUGCUGCGUAGCUGGUGAGAACUGGGCCUCUGCUCACGGCCACUGCAACAGCAUGGUACCCAUGAGGACGGAACCGGGUUCUACCUGCUGGUCGGUUCAGAGGCAGUGCUGUUUGAAUGCGCUGAGAGAGAGUCGGUGUUCGUCUGGAAUAAACACAGCGAGACGGGGGCGUGACUGUGGAGCUGACGACGUGGAUCUCUGCGACUCGCACAUGGAGUGCUGUAAGUGUUGUGCGCUGGGUCUGCGUCUGCGAGCACAGCGAGAGUCAUGUGACCCUCCGCGAGGUUUGGGUGAAACCUGUAGCCACGCCCUCCUGACCUGCUGCGAGGGGACGGGCACGACCAAUCACAGCGCAGCCAGGGAGAGGACACACCCCCGAGCCACCAGCCCACUCAGGAGAGUUCCUGAAGGUCCGGAGCGCCAGGCGUUUUCUCUGGAGGAGGUGGAGGACACAGAGAACAUGGUGGAGACGGUGGAGGGUCUGGAGGAUGUGGAUGAGUGCAGUGUGUACGCCGGGCAGCUGUGUCAUCAUCAGUGUGUCAACACACAGGGAUCGUACGUGUGUGUGUGUUUCCCCGGAUUCGUCCUGCAGCCGGACGGGAUCCACUGCAUGCAACAAGUGAUGGAUGAUGAUGAAAGAGGACUGAAAGAGGACGAUGUGCUCGCUGCCAGCUGGAGACCAGCGGAGACGACCACCAUGCCACCUCCUGACCUGCCAGACCCCUGUGAAGGAAACGGCCACUGUGCUCAGCACUGCCACCCGGUGGAGGGUCGCGCUCACUGCUCCUGUUUCCCAGGAUUCUCUCUGAUGCCUGAUGGGCGCUCGUGUGAAGACAUUAACGAGUGCACCCUGGGAGCUCACAGCUGCGGCCCGGGGUUCGACUGCAUCAACACGGCCGGCUCGUUCAGCUGCAGAGCCAGACCGAGGUGUCCAGGAGGAUUUACUCAGGACUCACGAGGCCAGUGCGUCGAUAUUGAUGAGUGCAGGACAGUAGCGCAGCCCUGCAGUCCCGGGUUUAACUGCAUCAACACGAUCGGCUCGUACACCUGCCAGCGCAAGAUCAUCCUGUGUGGCAGAGGCUAUCACUCCAGUCCUGACGGCACCAGGUGUAUCGAUAUUGACGAGUGUGAAAGCGGAGUCCAUCGCUGUGGAGAAGGUCAGAUCUGUCAUAAUCUCCCUGGAACAUACCGCUGUGACUGUCAUCCGGGCUACCAGUACGACACGUACAGGAGGACGUGUGUAGAUGUGAAUGAAUGCUGGCGUUACUCGGGCAGGCUGUGUGCUCAGACGUGUGAGAACACUCCAGGCUCGUAUCGCUGCUCCUGCACCGCAGGAUUCACUUUAUCCAGCGAUGGCAAGAGCUGUGAAGAUGUGAAUGAGUGUUUGAACAGUCCGUGCAGUCACGAGUGUGUUAACGUCUACGGCUCGUACCAGUGCUACUGCAGACAGGGCUACUACCUGCGUGAGGACGCACACACCUGUGAAGAUAUUGAUGAAUGUGCUCAGAGCGUUGGUCAUCUCUGUGCCUACAAGUGUGUGAACGUCCCAGGAAGUUACGACUGCGCUUGUCCGGAACACGGAUACAGCAUGGCUCCGAACCGACGCUCCUGCCACGACAUAGACGAGUGUGCAGUCGGAGCUCAUAACUGUACAGCAGGGGAAACAUGCUACAACAUUCACGGUGGAUUUCGCUGUCUGUCCUUCAGCUGUCCAGCAAACUACCGCCGAGCCGCCGACACACGGUGCGAGCGAAUCAGCUGCUCGAACUUCGUGGAGUGCCAGAACUCGCCGGUGAGAAUCACGUACUACCAGCUCAGCUUCCAGACUAACAUCAUCGUCCCGGCGCUCAUCUUCCGCAUGGGUCCGUCUCCCGCCUACACCGGCGACAACAUCAUCAUCAGCAUCAUCAGAGGCAACGAGGACGGCUACUUCAGCCCCAGGAAGCUGAACGCCUACACCGGCGCCAUCUACCUGCAGCGCCAGCUCCCGCAGCCACGUGACUUCCUGCUGGACGUGGAGAUGAAGCUGUGGAGGCAGGGCACCUUCACCACCUUCCUCGCCCGAAUCUACAUCUUCAUCACGGCAAACGUCGUCUAACCCGGGACUCGUACACGGCUCACACUCCCAACAUUCACAAUUCACACCUAGUCCAUGAAUUAAAGUGUGUUAAUUAUUAUUAUUAUUAUUAUUAUUAUUAUUAUUAUUGAGAAACCUCAAAACACUGAUGAUAUUGCUAUUAGGUCUGUUAAAACACAAAAGACAUUAAAUUAAAUCUAUACUGAAAUAUUAAAGUUACAAACUCACAAAUAGUCACUUCAUGAAGUUUACCUGUUCAUAAAGUACAUUCAUUUUUCAAGAAAAUGAGUUUCAGCACAUUGAUUUAGCAUUUUAUCCUUUAUUAUUCGGCAAACAUCGUAUAUAAAUGAUCAUUUUUAAACUGCAAAUUCAGUCAAAUUCCAUGAAUCAUCACGAGUAUAUUACAGCUACAAAUUCAAACGUACAUAACUGGAAAUGUUCAUGAUGCGAUUACGAUUCGCAAUUUAUGCACUUACAACGUUCACACUAUGUUCACAAAUCACCUAUUAUGCAUCUCACACCUGUAACAUGUCAAGUGGGCGUGGCCAAGUGUAGCACUGCAAAGACCAGAGAGGGCGGAGCUGAGAUAAAAAGAAAAGUGCUACGAGUUGUAGCUACAUACUAAGCAGUUAUUUUUUGUUGAAAGUGAUUAUAGUAUAUAAUUGUCAUGACACAUUUGUCAUUUUUUGAUUUCUAAAGCUGUAAUCAGAUUCAUAAAUGUGUAACGACAAAAUUACGAGCCUCACAGUACGGCUGUGAAGCCUAAUUUGCAUAAAAAUGUUCAUGCAGAAAUUACGAAUUACAAUUUAUUCCCUUAACUUUCAUACUAUGAAAUCGCAUGAUCACAGCAAACACAACUGCUGUAAUGUGUUCCGCUUAUACCACAGCAACGUUUUUAUUUAUUAAAAAAUACCACAUCAUAUUUUUUAUCAGUUUAUAGUUACAUUUAAUGUUGUGGACCGUCUGUGAAGCGAGUUAGUUCCUGUUGUCGCUUACGUUAUAGCAGCUAUAAACACUCGUUCCCUCACCAGCCUCUUUAUUCUCUCUCUUCAAGUUAAUAAGAGAAAAAAAAACGCAGCUUGUUCCGCAUGUUACUGAGAAACCGCAAAGAAGCGUAAACUCCUCUGUCCUGAAGACGUCGGAAAACUUACAGUUACAGCUUUACCUCUGACUGUUACAAAGCGCUGACACUGGAGACUCCUUCCAUAAAUGCUACAUAAACACAUUUCACCUUACAGAAAACUUCACCAUAUGAACCAUUUUUUAAAAUCUGUUUAUUAUCAGUGGAGCAUCCGCUGUACACGUCCCUGUGAACGAGCUGUUACUAUGGAAACGAUAACGUAUUAGAAUGAGAGCAUUAAUAUAAACCUGCGCUACUGUCAGAGCUGCUGUUAUAGGAAAUUAAUCACCACCUUCUGACCAAUCACAAUCCAGAAUUCUACAGCGCUGUUGAGGAAACUAUAAUGAGCUUCUACAUUUAUAUUUGUUUUCUUCUUGUCCGAACUUAAAGCCUCAGUGAAAGACAGCUUGAAUAAAUGACCAUAAAUUUAGCAGUACACGUCUAAGUGCUAUUUAAUAAAUAAAUGCGAAAUAAAUAAAAAGUAAAAACUUUUUACUUUCAUAUAAAUGUUAACUGGAUGUAUAAAGUUUCAAACUAUUUCAGUAUUUUUUAAAAUUCUGCUGCAUUUAAUACUAAAACAGAAAUAAACAUUUUAAAAUAAUGCAUUUUGUGUGUGAUAUUCAAAUAUGGACUUGCUUUUUUUUUCUUUAAUCAAUCAAUCAAUCAAUCAAUCAAUUAAUUAACCCCAUGCCUUAACCAAUGAGUUUGCAGUUGACACUUGGUCCCGCCCCUGAAAACCUUAUAGUGACUCACAACAUUACCAUGUAACAUGUAUCUUCAUUUCAAGCCUCUGUUUACAUUUUUCUGGCCCUGAAAUUAGCUCUGACCCCAGCUGAGACAGACACUCAGCCCCGCCCCUUUUUUCCCUAAAAGGCAACUCAUUUACAGAGCAUAUGUAGAUUCAGCAGCAGAGGGCGCUAAAUCAUUACACACUGCUGCUUUAAAAGUUACUGUUAGUGUGAUUUCUUUGGUGCCUUUUCUUUAACGGAGUAAACUACCGUAGGUUUUGGCACCAUAGUACCAGUACAAGUACAAGAGGUUCCAUUUGUGUGGUUUUUGGGGUUUUUGGUGACUGUUGCUUAAAUUUUAAAAGACUGGAUUUUUCAUUGAUCGAUAUUGAAGCAUUAAUAAAUAAGUCUCAGGUUUUGGUCAGAAUUACAACAAAAGAAAUAAAAAAUAGAUUGUUCUCAACUUCAUAUGAUGAUCACAUAAUAAAAAGCAGCUGUAAAAAUGGAUUGGUUAUAAAACA